CUAGAAGUCAUAAACAGCUGGAGGACGUCGCCUGAAGAAAUUAAUCAGAAUUACGACAAUGAUUAAAUUAUCCAACUGAUUAAAAUUUGCAUCUAUACACAUUAAGGUAGACAUAAAUGUCUUGGUAAAACCAAUUUAACUGGCGCGUGUUUACAAACUUUAUAUUUUUAAAAUUUCACACCGGCACCGGCCUGGAAACUUCUGUCCACUUUCACGAGUGUAUCAUGGCGGCGCAGAUGGCGGUAAAUUCGGAAGCCAGUCUGUGGGGGCCGCUGAAGGAGCUGUGGGAGACAGUGGAUGGGGCUGUGUUGAGGAGACAGCAAGAGAGCGUCCACCUCCUCGACCUGCACCUGAAAAAACACAAACCGCACUUUCUCUCACUCUUUAAGAACCCGCCAAAGAGUGCAGAGCAGAGAGAGAAGGUGCGUAAAGCCAGCACAGAAGGCAUCGCCAUCCAAGGUCAGCAGGGGUCAAGACUCCUUCCAGAGCAGCUUCUGACAGAGGCCUUCAUCCUCAGUGAUUUGUUUGAUAUUGGGGAGUUGGCAGCUUUGGAGCUUCUAUUGGCAGGUGAACACCAGCAGCCCAAUUUCCCAGGUCUCACAAGAGGUCUAGUAGCUGUCCUGCUCUACUGGGAUGGAAAGCUUUGUGUGUCUAACUCUCUGCGCACACUCAUCCAGUCACGCCAUGGCAAGACCUUCACCCUGGAUCUAAGUGGCGAGCUAGUGGCUUUGACAACACGUUUUACAGAUGAACUGAUGAGCCAGGGUCUGACCAAACGUAUUCUAACGUUGGUCUCCGAGAUCAGUGUGACGCGUGAGUUUGAACGGCUGCAGAAGGAGCGCGGCCUGGGCAAUGAAAAGCACAGGAAGGAGGUUUCUGACCUCAUCAAAGAAUGCAGACAGGCACUGGCAGACAGCCUGUUUUCAUGGACGUGCCAAUCACCUUUGACUAAAGAUGACACACUGGCUCUCAUUGGCCACCUGGAGACAGUGACAGCUCAAGCUGAUGGCUCACUGGACAGUGUGAACCUGGCUCUGGUCAUGGCACUGCUAUACUGCUUGGAUGUUAGCUUUGUAGAGCAGGGAACUGAAGAUAGAGAAGAUCUUCUCCAGGCACUGCCGUUACUCACAGAGAGACAGUAUGUGUCUGCAGUGCACAGUCGUUUGAUGGACAACCAGCCAUGGAAGCUUCCAGGCCUUCAGGCUGUGUGUCGGCUGGCCUGGGCUCUGUCUCUGAGGGUUCUUUCCCAGCUACCACAAGGAUCUGCCCUGGUUGAAUUCACUGAGGCAGAUGAGGCUCUGGCUGACCAGGCUUUGCUGGGAGAUGUGUUUUUGUUCAUGAAGGAGGGCAUGCUGGGAUGCGAGAGUUUUUCCCAGGAAGAGUUUUACAUCCGCCGCCUCCAUUCUCUUAUUACUGACUUCCUGGCACUCAUGCCAAUGAAAGUGAAGCAGCUUCGUAACCGUGCUGAUGAGGACGCCCGUCUGGUGCACAUGUCCCUACAGAUGGACAGCGAGCUUCCAUCAUCGUUGCGCAAGGACUUAGACCAUCUCCUAAUUCUCAUAGGAGAGUUUUACAGUAAGGACACUUUUGGGUUGGAGUUGGGUCUGGAGUUCUGGUGUCCCACCGAGUCUCUCCAGCACACGUCCUUGCAGGGAUCCUACCUGGGAAUGGCGCUGCAAAGGCCUCCACAUAAACAAGUGGUCCUGUCCAAGUUUGUGCGUCAGAUGGGAGACCUUCUGCCUUCUACUCUCUACAUCUCUUAUCUCCGUAUGCUGAAAGGCCUGGCCAAUGGCCCUCAGUGUGCUCACUACUGUUUCAGCCUGCUUAAAACCAAUGGAGCCACACACAGUGACAACAUUCAGGGAGUUUCAGGCAGCCCGGUGUCCUGGGAACAUUUUUUUCACUCACUCAUGCUCUACCAUGAGAACCUGCGAAGAGACCUUCCAAAUCCAGAUGCCUCACACUACCGCCACCCACCACUAAGGGGCAUCACCCAACGGGAGCUGGAAGGGCUCACCUCAUUUUUGCAGUUACUCACCACCAUCAUUACAUGGAGUGAAAAUGCGAGACUGGCACUAUGUGAGCAUCCCCAGUGGACCCCAAUUGUAGUCAUGUUGGGGUUGCUACAGUGCAGCAUUCCUCCUGUCCUGAAGGCUGAGCUCCUACACUGCCUGGCAGCCUUUGGGAAGUCACCAGAGAUCGCUGCAUCACUAUGGCAGUCCCUGGAGUACACCCAGAUCCUUCAGACUGUUCGAGUCCCAGGACAGAAGCAGGCAGCUGGAAUUGAGGUUGAACUAAAUGAGAUUGAGUCGAGCUGCGAGGAGUACCCUCUGACACGAGGCUUCUGUCAUCUGAUGAGCAUAUUGGUUGAGAGCAGCCUGCCUGUUAAUUUGGGGGCAGGGCUACGAGUUCCAGGCUUCCAGCCCUACCUGAACUUCCUACGUGACUCUGUCUUCCUUCCUUUUCCCACUAGAGCAUAUCGACGUCCCGCUGAGAAGUGGGAGGUAGCUGAUUCUGUCCUGGAGGUGUUCCACAAGCUACUGCGGGACUACGAGCCCCAGCCGACAGACUUUGUCCAGGAGAUGGUGGAGCUGCAGGGUGAGCAGGUCCAGGCCUACAAACCUCCAGGCCACAGCAUCAUGUUCCAUCUGCUCAACGAUUCACCCAUGCUCGUACUCUGCCUUAGCCUGCUGGAGGAGGGCGUACGCCAGCUGGACACCUAUGCACCCUUUCCUGGUAAGAAGUACUUGGAGUCAGCGGUGCUGCACUGCCUCUGUCUGCUAGACCUGGCUCUGCAGAAGGAGGCAGUUUUCAUGGAUCUCCUCAGGGAGAGCCAGGCCUCACUGCUGGUUUCCCCCUUGGAGCAACUCCUCCAGGGGGUUAGUCCUCAAACACGAAGGGCCGAUCACAUCGUCAAUAUUGCCAGGUAUCUGUACCACAGCAGCUCAAACCCAGAGGCUGCCUUCCAAAGUGCCAAGAUCUUGCGUUGCCUUGCUAACUACCCCAACAUUCAAAUUAGAUUGGUGGGAGAUUUCACACACAAUCAGGCUGUGAGUGAAAAGCUGAUGGCAGGCUUUGUGGAGUGUCUGGACAAUGAAGAGGCAGAGGAGGGAACGGAGAAAGGCGAUGACUCAGACUCACAAAAGAAGGUGGCAAGAAUCCGACAUGAAACCCAGAUUCAUAUCCUGAAUCUGCUCAUCACCUCCUUGGAGCUGAAGACGCCCAAUCUGGCCCUUUAUCUUUUAGGUUUUGAAGUCAAGAAGCCUGUGUUGUCCACUAACCUUCAGGACCCAGGUGUGUUGGGGUGUCCACGGAGCUGCCUGCACGCUAUCCUGAGUUUGCUGCAGAGAGGCACAGAGAAGAGAUCAGGACCGGUACUCACACAGCAGGCACCGAACCUAGCUGAGCUCUGCUACCAGGUGAUCUACCAGCUGUGUGCUUGCCCAGACACAUCUGGACCCACCAUGCGUUAUUUGAGGACCAGCCAGGACUUUCUGUUCUCUCACCUGCAGCACCUACCGUUUAUUCUGCCGAGUAACCAGAUCGCUGCCCUUUCCCAGAUGUCCUGGUUGAUGAAAACAGCUGCAAUCGAGCUGAGAGUGACCUCACUGAACCGUCAACGUUCACAUACACAACGUCUUGUCAGCCUCCUGCUAGAUGACCAACCAAACACUCAACAUUCAGUGGAUAAGUACAUGUUCAAAUUUAUGCGCAAGGAAUCGGGCAUGGAGGAAGAAACCAGAUCGGUCAGCGGUUUCCUGCAUUUUGACACAGUAUCUAAAGUGCGCAGAAAGUUGCUGAGUGUGCUGGACGCCAUUGAUUUCAGUCAGGACAUGCCUGAGCUGCUGCAGCUAGACUUUUUUGAGCGCACUCAAAUAGAGCAGGUGAUCUCCAACUGUGAGCAUGUCAAUGAGCAGGGACACACUGUGUGCAACGUUAAGUUACUUCAUAGAGUGUUGGUUGCUGAAGUGAAUGCACUACAAGGAAUGGCAGCCAUUGGACAGAGGCCCCUGUUACUGGAGGAGGUGAAUUCAAUCCUUCAGCAGGUGGUGGAACGGAAUCGCGUUCGUCGAAGUCUCAGUGCAAAGCGACAUGCGCUGCAGUCCUGGAGAAGCCUGGUGGAGACGCUGCUGACUGCUUGCCCUGCUGAUCUCAUACCUGCUGAUGACAGACAGCUCAUCAUCAGAGAUCUUCUGCUAGACCUGCACGAUAAGGUGUUAUCUGAGGAUGCAGCAGGAGAACUGAUGCCCAUUGUUGCUGGGGCAGUCUUCACUCUGACAGCCCAUCUCAGCCAAUCAGUGCUGUCUGAACAGCAGCAGGGGGUGGGAUUAGAAGCAUCCUCUGGCUUUGCCUCCAUCGCCAACUCUGCCCUGCACCUGAUCCUCCGCAAACUUCUGGACUUCAUCCUUUGUACUGGUGGUGGAUACCAGCGUCUCCGUGCUCACCUGUAUGGCUCUCUACUAUACUACCUUCAAAUUGCCCAGAAACCCGAAGAACCAGACACUCUGCAGACAGCAGGGAAAGCAAUGUGGGAGCGCCUCACAGCUCCUGAAGAUGGUUUCUCCAAACUGCAGAGAGAAAACCUUGUUAUAAUUGAGAGCUAUGGCAAGGCUCUUAUGGAGGUUGUAUGUAGAGAUGCUUGUGAUGGCCAUGAAAUUAGCAGGAUGUUGGCCCUGGCAGUACUGGACCGGAUCCUGACCAUAGACCGUCAGAAUCAGUGGCUGGUUUAUGUUUGCAACAGUGGUUACCUGCGGUCAGUGGUGGAGAGCCUGAGACUGGACGACAUUGCCCUGCAGAGCCUGCUCACACCUCAGCUACCCCUCCUCAAACCCCUCUAUAUCUACGAGAGCAAGAUGGCUCUGCUGACUCGUGUGGCUAAGACUGGCCAGGGAGCUGUAGAGCUGCUACGCUGUGGCGUGGUGGCACAGCUGAUUGAGUGCCAGGUGUUUGAUAUGGUACCUGAGAGCGAUGUACAUAGAGUGAUGAGGGACCCUUCAGGCUUCAUCCCGAGCCCUAUGGACCGCUACAGGCAGAUUCUUUUACCAACCCUGAGGCUCUUUCAAGUGAUCCUGACAUCUACCACCAUGAAUCACCAGCAAGGGGCAGCACAGGUUCUCCAGUGGCUAAUUGUUCAUGGAGACACAAUUCAGUCCCUGUUGCGCUGUCAGGAGCUCAGUAUGGGAGCUUUGCAGGAGCUCUCUUUGCUUACUGGCAUCAUCAGUAAGACAGCUCUGCCAGGUGCCCUAGAGACGAGUGGGGAGGUCAGCAGUGCUGCUGUAAUGGAGUUCCAGGGUCACAUCAACAGAUUCCAGCGUCUGUGUCUCUCAUUGCUUGGUCGUCUGGCAGGCAGUGAGCGGGAGAGGUUGCUAAAACAGGCUGAGAUCGCUGCACCUGGUGACUCAGCAGAACAGCGAGAGCAGAUGGAGGUGGCCAUGCAACAGGUGUGCGCUAACAUCAUGGAGUACUGCCAAGCGCUGCUGCUACAGAGCUCAGCCCAGGCCCAGUUCAGCAUCUGCCUCUUCAGCCCAUCAGGCAGUGAACCAGCUGGCAGAGAUGGAGGGUGCACAGAUCUUUCAUCCACUCUGCCAUCGAUGCCAUACUCCCGGGCACCCAGCUUGGGUCUGGUCCUGUACCUGCUGAAAAACAGUGCUGCAGACUUCUUCCGAUUCCACCAGUGUCACAGACAGAGCCUAGGCAAGCUGCAGAGCCUGGAUCAGCUGCCCCCUGAGGAGCUCAAAGAGUUGUGCCAAGGUCUGGUGUCAGGCCCAGGAGGGGUGGAGAAGAUCUCAUCAGUCCAGAGGAACCUGCUGGCCAAGAGGCGACUGGUCCAGCUCAUCAACAACAGAGCCAAGCUGCUGGCCCUGUGCUCCUAUGUUAUCGAGACUUGUUUGUUUGUAUUGUGGCGCCACCUAGAGUACUACCUGUUGCAUUGUACCCCCACUGACCCCAGGGGCUCCCUGUUGCCUUCAGCCAGCUUAUACAGAUCACGCCUUACAGAGGAUUCAUUUGGGGGACUACAGGCAAGUGGAGGUCGUGGACUCGGCCUUUCCCGAGUCAGCCAGCAAGACCUGGACCUGCUGAAGAGUGACAUGGCUGCAGGUUUCGGAGAGGCUCUGCAGAAGAAGCUGCUGGAGGUGGAGGGCCUGUACAGCCAAGUUCGCUCCCGAUACACCUUCAUCCAGGCACUGGUUCGCAGGAUCCGCGGCCUGCUCCGACAGCCAAAAAGCUGAGAAAGACACACAACAACUGGCGAAGAUACAAAUUUUCAGUUUCUUAUUGAAACCAACCUUCUGCCAAGCAUAGGCAUGAGCAACUGCAGAAGACUUUAAAGGACUUUCUGGCAACAUCAUUCCUUUUUACUGACCUGUACCAGCUCCUGAGUAUUGCUGGAUGUUACUGCCAUCACAGCACUUGGUCCAUUUUGUGUGACCAGUCUUAAUAUUGACUAACCUGCUACAAGGGUUACUCAAAAGUAACUCAAAAAUUUUUACUUGUUAGGAAGAAUUAGAACUUUUCUUUUGUCUGGUUUCUCUUUUGUGAAAAUAAACAUUUUUAAAUCUGUCA